AUGUGGUAUAGAUGGCGUGGCGGGGAGGCCAUAUGGGUAGUGCUGAGCGCGGCGAAUGCUCCGCUGCCGCCCGCAGCGCUGCACGCCGCCGCCGCGUGUCUGCACACAUCACACGACUACUACCGGUUUAAAGAGUUAUUCGGUGAAUAUCGCGGCGCGUCCGCAGCUCUCGACGUUAUAGCGUUGAAUGCGGCGUGGGUGGCGCGAGCGGACGCCGAUCUAGUCAACUACUUCAACGCUAUAGAGAAACACUAG